UUCGCCCGAGGUUCCCUCCUAUCCCCGUCGCUGCUGGAAUCCUCUCUCCUUCUCUCCAAAAUGCCUUUUUGACAGCAGAAUCUCGCAAAAACCCAGAGAUUUAGUGCGGAACAAUCACUCGGGGUCGGCGAGAGCGCGACACCGAGUUCUCUCUUUUUCUCUUUAUUCAUAUUUUUAGGCGUGAUUGCAGCCGGCUAACGAUCCAUCGGUCUUUGGAACUCGUGGAUCGCUCUCGAUGUCGCAUCGCCGGCGGUAUUCUGGUGGAGAGGAGAUGGAUGGCUCCCGGAAGAAAGGGAGAUAUGUCGCGGUGUCGCCCACACGCUCUCCGGGAUCCACUGAUAAGUACGGGAGAGGGCUGUUGGUUGAUGGGAAUGGGAACUCGAGCAGCAAUAAUUCAAGCAGCAAGCUUAAUAAGGACAAAGGGGUUAAUAUCCAGGUCAUUCUCAGAUGCAGACCAUUAAGCGAUGAUGAGAAGAGGAUGAACACCCCGGUGGUCAUAUUCUGCAAUGAACACCGUCGAGAAGUUACAGCUGCUCAUAGUACUUCCAACAAACAGAUAGACAGAACCUUUACUUUUGAUAAGGUUUUCGGGCCAACUUCCAUGCAAAAGGAUUUGUUUGACCAAGCUAUUGUUCCCAUAGUCAACGAGGUUCUGGAGGGCUACAACUGCACUAUCUUUGCCUAUGGGCAGACGGGCACAGGUAAAACCUACUCGAUGGAAGGUGGAGGAAGAAAACUUAAGAAUGGAGAAUUACCAAGCGAUGCUGGUGUUAUCCCAAGGGCAGUGCAGCGUAUCUUUCACACGCUUGAGGCACAAAGUGCUGAGUACAGCAUGAAAGUCACAUUUCUUGAGCUAUAUAACGAGGAGAUAACUGAUCUUUUGGUGCCGGAUGAAUCAAAAUUUUCUGAUGACAAGACCAAGAAAUCUAUAGCUCUCAUGGAAGAUGGAAAGGGAGGCAUCUUUAUGAGAGGACUUGAAGAGGAGGCAGUGUAUACUGCUGGUGAAAUAUACAAAAUCUUGGACAAAGGGUCUGCAAAAAGGCAUACUGCCGAGACUUUACUCAACAAGCAAAGCAGCAGAUCUCACUCCAUAUUUUCCAUUACAGUUCACAUUAAGGAAUGCACUCCUGAGGGAGAGGAGAUGAUUAAGUGUGGAAAGCUUAACCUCGUGGAUCUUGCUGGUUCAGAGAAUAUAUCACGAUCUGGUGCUAGAGAUGGAAGAGCAAGAGAAGCCGGGGAGAUAAAUAAAAGUUUGCUCACACUUGGACGUGUUAUUAAUACUCUCGUUGAUCAUUCUGGCCAUAUUCCAUAUAGAGACAGCAAAUUGACAAGGUUGCUAAGAGAUUCCUUGGGUGGAAGGACUAAAACAUGUAUUAUUGCCAAUAUAUCACCUUCUGCCCUCUGUUUGGACGAGACACUGAGCACCUUAGAUUAUGCACACCGUGCAAAGAAUAUAAAAAAUAAGCCCGAGGUCAAUCAGAAGAUGAUGAAAUCUGCAAUGAUCAAGGAAUUGUACACAGAAAUUGACCGCCUUAAACAAGAGGUAUUUGCUGCGAGAGAGAAGAAUGGCAUAUAUAUUCCACUCAAUAGGUUUUUAAUUGAAGAAGCUGAGAAGAAGGCCAUGGCUGAGAAAAUAGAAAAAAUGGAACUUUAUUUGGAUUUGAAGGAUAAGCAACUAGUUGCGCUUCAAGAUCUUUACAAUUGUCAAAAACUACUCAGUGCUGAUUUAAGUGACAAACUAGAAAGAACACAGAAAAAGCUGGUGGAUGCUGAGCAUGCUUUACUGGACCUAGAAGAAAGAUACAGAAAAGCAAAUUCUACAAUAAAAUUUAAGGAAUUUCUGAUAUCUGCUCUACUCAAGUCCGAGAAGGCACUUGUUGAGCAUGCUUAUGAGCUUAGAUCAGAACUAGAAAAUGUGGCUGCAUACGUUUCAAGCUUGUUUUCUAAAAUAGAGCACAAAGGUAAAAUAGAGGAAGAAAACAGAAAGCUUGUCCAAAAGUUCCGGUCUCAAUUAACUCAAGAGCUGGACCACUUGCAUAGAAUUGUCUCAGCUUCAUUGAUGCGACAGGAGACCCAGCUGAAAGAAAUGGAAGAGGACAUGGAAUCAUUUAUACCUACAAAGGCCAAGGCCACUGAAGAAAUCAGAAUGCACGUUGAAAGACUGAAAGCUAAGUGUGGUUCUGGGAUCAGAGAUUUGGAUGCUUUAGCCGGUGAACUUGACAAGAAUUCAGAAUAUACCUUUGGAAGAUUGAAUUCCCAAGUGUUGAAGCACUCUACUGCCCUUGAAAAUUGCUUCAAAGGAAUAGCUUCGGAGGCUGAUCAACAUUUAAAUGAACUUCAAGUAGGUCUGUCUAAACAAGAAGACAAGUUAGCUGCAUUUGCACAACAGCAGCAUGAAGGACAUCUUAGAGCUAUUGAAUCUAUGAGGUCCAUAUCUAAGAUAACUUCUAGUCUUUUUGAAACCUUGGAUAUUCAUGCAUCCAAAUUAACCAAGAUCUUGGGAGAAUCACUAACCAUACAAUACCAACAACUGCAUGAUGUUGAGAAGAAGUUCGAGGAAUGUGUUGUUAAUGAAGAAAGACAAUUAUUGGAAGAAGUGGCAGCCAUGUUAGCUAGUUCAAGUGCAAGGAAGAAGAAGUUGGUUCAAACCGCAGUUGAUAGUCUCCGAGCUAGUGCUGUUGACAGAACGAGUAAUCUACAAAAGGAAAUGUCAACUGCUUCCGAUUUUACUUGUCGUAUAAAAGGACAAUGGAAAGCAUACAUGGAAGAAACUGAAAAUCACUAUAUUGAGGAUACUGCAGCAGUUGAAAGUAGCAGAAAUGACAUAGAAGAAGGUUUAAAAAGUUGCAUGGCAAAGGCUAGAAUGGGUACACAACAAUGGAGAAAUGCUCAAAAUUCCCUGCUGAUUCUUGGUAAAGGGAAUGAAGCAUCAGCAGAUUCAAUUGUCAGGAACGGAUUGGAUGCCAACCAGCAUCUGCGUGCCAAAUUAUCUUCUGCUGUUUCAUCAACCCUUGAAGAUGUCAAUACUUCAAACAAGGAUAUUUUAUCGUGCAUCGACUCUUCACUAAAACUCGACCAAGAUGCAUGUGCAAACCUAGACAGCGUGCUCGUUCCAUGCCAUGGGGAACUAAGAGAAUUGAAAAAUGGUCAUUACCACAAAAUUGUGGAGAUCACAGACAUUGCAGAAAAAUAUCUUGAAGAAGAAUAUACAGUUGACGGACCAUCUUGUUCCACCCCAAAGAAACGAUCGAUCAGUCUGCCAAGCAUAGCAUCGAUCGAGGAACUACGGACUCCGGACUUUGAGGAACUAUUGAAGUCAUACAGGGAUUCAAUGUCUGCUUCGAAGCAGGCGAACGGUGAUGCAAAACAUUUAUCUGGUUCGUAUGAGUCUCAGUUUCAGUCUUUGAGAGAUUCAAGGAUUCCACUAACGGCCAUCAAUUAAUUAGGGCAAAUAACGUAGUAGUUAGUUCUCAGCUUAUACCUGCAUGUACAGAGCAUAAGAAGGGAGUAAAGCAUAUUUCAUUCUUUCCAGCUUCGUUAGAGUUUCAUUCAUAUCACCCAAGCUGGGUUUUCCAGCAGUGAAGCUCUAUUCCAUGGCUGUAUAUGUACAUAUAGUUUCCCUUUUUCUACAGAAUAAAUGGUGAGGAUGGGAUACGAUCUUA